AUGCUAUCAUUCAUCUUCUUCCUUACCCUACAGGUGAUUCUAUUCGCCGCCUGGGUCACCGGUUACCUAGAUCCAUACCAGAAACAGCUUCAAGAGCUCCUGCUGGACUAUAUGGGUGAGAACAAGGUCUCUUACGGACUGAAGAAAAGUCUCACUGGCAAGAAACUCACCGAGGACCAGAAUCUGAGCAAGAUUCAAGAUCAGCUUGGAAGCCAACUAGGUGGUGUGUUUGGGAAAGGGGGACUCGGAGAGGGACUUGGGUCUGUUCUGAGUAAAGGCCUUUGA